CAGCACCUGGCCGUGCCGACUCCACAUUGCGCCGUCGGCCGCCUGCAGCGAUAGCCUUCUCACCCUCUUCCCCGAACUUUGGUCUUGCCUGACAACAUCAACGCAUCCACCAUGAGCGUCCGCAAUGUCACCCCCGUCCCGCCCAAUGUAGAGACCUACAAGGAGAAAUUUACCCGCAAGUUCAAGGAGCAGCCGCUGGUCCCCAUCGGUGCGCUCGCGACCUGCGCCGCGCUCAUCACCGCGAUGGUCAAGAUGCGCCGCGGCGAGGCCAAGGCGGUGAACUACUGGCUGCGCGCGCGCGUCCUCACACAGGGCCUCACGAUCGCCGCCAUCGUCGGCGGCUCUUACGCCUACGGCCAGACGAAGCAGCAGAAGGAGGCGCACGCGGCCGCCGAGCAGGACGUGGUGCUCGCGACCGCGGCACAGGAGCGCGCGGAGUUUCAGGUGCGCCUCGCCGCCGCGGAGGAGGCGCACCGCAUCGAG